GAACGCCAGCCUCUGCUGCGUGCACAGAGUGUAGAUGCUACUGAGGUAUAUCCCAUCAUUCUGAUGGUUCGCUCGGUACAUACACCCCUUACGUAUGAUGCGCUCACAGCACCAGAUCUGACGUACACCCUCGUACGCCCGCUCGAAGAGAAAUACAAUGGGUACCAACGAGCAGGCAACCUCUCCAUCGUCUUCUGCCUGCUCGUGAACUGCGUCUACUUCCGGCGGGACGACCACCUUAUGACCGCUGCGCUAUCUCGCACACGUGCGUUGCUCUGCGAGCUUCUAGCCAUUCGCGCUCUGCGUUUGCACGCAGACAACAUGCUGGAGCUCGCGCUGGCAAUAGCAACCAGCUGGCCGGUGUAUUCAGGUGCGCCGGCAGAGCUGAUCGAACGCGCAAGGGAGGAACGGGACGGCGAUCUGGAGGAGAGGAUCGGGAACGCCAUUGAGAUGGCGAUUCUGGGUCAGGCGAAGCGGUUUACAAAUAGCUCAGCAUGCCAAAAGGUCAUUGACGGAAUAUGGAGCGGAAAGAUCGUGUACCAGGCGGACAGCAGUCGUUCCAUCUUGUCCGAUACGUACAAGCGUACACCAAUACACUUCUACGACCCUCACAAAGCACCACUGCUUGACCACUACCGUCUGAAAGUCCCGGCAAUCCGCUCAGUUCUAGAAUUCACGAACUUCCUCAUUCUGUUCAUCCUAUUCGUCGUCGCCCUGGAGUUCAAUGAGCGAAAUCGCAUAAACGCCGCCGAGGGUAUAUUCAUCAUAUACGCGCUUGGUUUCACGCUCGAGAAGAUUGCAGCAAUGCAAGAGCACGGGAUCAAAGUGUACUUCAAGGGAACCUGGAAUGGCUUCGAUCUGGCGUUUGUGACACUAUACUGCACAUAUGCCAUCCUGAGAUGUGUAGGCGUCUACAAUCAUAACAAAUGGGCGUCGCUCGCAGGGAUAGAUUUCUUGGCCAUAAUCGCUGUACUGAUGUUUCCGAGGCUGGCGUUUGUGACACUGAAAGAUAAUGUCAUGGUGCUCUCCCUGCGUGCCAUGAUAAUGCAAUUCGUCAUCCUGAUGGCCAUCGCUGCGUUUUGCUUCGGUGGCUUCUUGUAUGCCCUCUGGACGUACGUACCACUGCAUUUGAUACGUACGGCCCUCUCAUUGAGCACUAUUAUAUGUACAAUUGCUUGGUGGAUGCUAGAUCUAUGGUUUGGUCUCGACGCCAGUGGCUUCGACAACGCAUCUAAGUUCCAUCCCGUUUUCGGCCCUGUAAUGAUGGUCGCAUAUGCGUGCCUCAGUAACACGCUUCUGCUGACAAGUAAGCCGUUGCCUUUCAUCCUUUCUAAUACAUUUGCAACCAUUGCUGAUGAUGCUACCGCGGAGGCUAUGUUCCGCCGUGCUGUCCUCACCAUAGAGGGAGUGAAGGCCGACUCGCUCUUUUCAUAUCAACCACCUAUCAAUUUAGUCGCCCUCUGUGUUAUGCUGCCAGCGAGUUACAUCCUGACUCCGAGAUGGUUUCAUAAGGUCAACGUCUUCAUGAUUAGAUUAACGAGCUUCCCUGUCUUGCUUCUCAUUGCGUGGUACGAGAGACAAGCCAAGCAGACGGGGACGUUCACUUUCAGCGAGACGAUGUCAAAGGCGGCAGACAAGGUCUUUGACACAUUGCCUCGGUCCAUCAAACGCAUGACGUUCUUUGAGGGACUCAGUGGCCCUGACGCAGAUAUCGACGCGAUCUUCGAAAUCGGAGAUUUCUACGAGAAUAGCGCUCUCGACAUGGAAGACGCCGACCAGACCGCCCCCGCUGACAUCCUCCAGCACCGCCGUCCCUCCCAAGCCUCCCGCGCAUCCCGACGGCGCGUCUCGCAAUCCCACUCGCAGACUAGCACCCCUCCGCGCUCUGCCAUGUCGCUUUCCACGAAAAGUGAGCGCCCCAUGAGCGGACCCUCGUCCAUCCCGCUCCCGCGGAACCGCCUCAACUCGAUCGUCACCCGCGGGCUCGACAACGUACAGAGCCUCGCGAGCCCGCUCGCACAGGUCUUCCAGCCGCUCAUCAUGGAUCAGGAGAACGAGGCUGAGCAGCCAGCGCAGGACGGUGGCGCGCAGGUGAGCUAUGGGCCUGCGUCGAGGCGCAGGCUGUCGUCCAUGCAGAGGAGGCCGACAGCAGUGGGGCAAACGGGACACACGGAUCCAUUCGGGGGUGUUCUAUUCUCGGGACACGCUGGUUCGGGGCAGGGCUUGGGCGCGAGGAAGCUCCCUGGUGCGCCGACGGUAACGAGCCCAGGAGCAAGGCUGGGGAUCACAGGGCAGGCGCUGUCGUCGAGCCCGGAGACGCGGGACGUACGGAGUUCGGGAGAUAGGGACAGAGAUGCUCGGUCGGUGCACGGGCAAACUCACUCGCAUGAGCCGCUGGAGACGGCGGAAGAGGAACAGGAGGAAGGCAAAAUGCCUAUGGACAGGAGGCUGGAUGGCAUUGAGCGGAGGCAGCAGCGGAUCGAAGAGCUCUUGGAGCGAUUGGUCUCUAAGUCAGAGUAG